CCUGGCAGCAGCAUCAGUCAUUGCUCGCUCCCAGCAGGACACACAAGCAGCAAUGAGGAUCCUGGUGUGCGUGUACCUGUGCGGUCUGGCCCUGUCAGUCCUGGCUGAGGAGAAGCAGGUGAAGGAGAAGCGAGGACUCACCGGCUCUCUGGGAGGCUAUGGAGGUGGCUUCAGUGGAGGCUACGGAGGCGGCUAUGGUGGUGGCUUUGGAGGCGGCUAUGGAGGUGGUUACGGAGGCGGCUACGGAGGCGGCUACGCUGGUGGACUCGGCGGCGGACUUGGAGGCGGCAUUGGGGCUGGCAUCGGUGGUGGAGCACCGCAGGUGACUGUCAACAGAGUCCCCGUCCCUGUCCCAGUGCCUGUGGAGAAUACCAUCCCGGUUCCAGUGCGCGUCCCAGUCACUGUCCCUGUGGAGCGGCCUGUUCCCGUCCACGUACCGCAGCCAUACCCUGUCCCCGUAGACAACCCUGUGCCCGUCCCCGUCAAGGUCCCCACCCCAGUGUCUGUCCCAGUACCUCAGCCCUACGUCGUUAAGCGUCCAGUGCCCUACGUUGUCAGCGCUGGCCACGGCGGCUUCGGCGGAGGUCUCGGCGGUGGUCUCGGAGGAGGCCUGGGCGGUGGUCUUGGAGGAGGCCUCGGAGGCAAAUUCGGCGGAGGCUACGGCGGCGGCUUCGGUGGAAGCUACGGCGGUAGCUUUGGAGGACUUGGGGGCUACGGAAAAUACGGCCACUGAAACCUAUGGCUGAGCCCAACACCUUGACCUGUACACGCUACCAGGACGUGUCCUGCAUACAUGAAAUGUAAAACAGAAAUAAACUGAUUUGUAUAAA